CGGCUUGUGGUCACAUGACUCGGGGUUACAUUAUGAGCCUCCGCUCCAGGGUCCGGUGUUUCCGGUCUGGGGAUGGGGGAAUGUCCGGUGUAUCACGAGCGGCAGCGGCUGGAGCUGUGCGCCCUGCACGCCCUGAACAACCUGCUGCAGAGAGCGGAGGUCACCCAGCGCCGGGCCGAGGAGAUCUGCUGGGGGUUGUCGCCGCACUCGAUGAUAAAUCCGCACCGCAGUUUCCUGGGCACCGGUAACUAUGACGUCAAUGUCAUCAUGGCGGCGCUGCAGACCCUGGACUACGCGGCGGUGUGGUGGGAUAAGAGGAGGUCUCUGGAGAGUUUGGUCUUGAGUGAGAUUUUCGGAUUCAUCCUGAACAUCCCCUCCCCCAUCUCGCUGGGAUUCCUCUCUCUGCCGAUUACGCGCCAGCACUGGAUCGCCGUUCGCCAAAUCAACGGUCUUUACUACAACCUGGACUCCAAGCUGAAGUCUCCGGUGCGGCUCGGGGGCCCCCAGGAGCUCAGGGAUUUCCUGCAGGGCUGCAUCUCCCGGGGAAACUGUGAAAUCCUUCUGGUCGUGACGAAGGGCGUGGAGGAAGAUCGGCUAUGGAUCACUGAAAGUGAAAGGACCACAUGACCUCCCCCGGAGUCCUCCACCCUCAGCUGGGCUGAGCCCUCACCCAAAGAGUUGACUGUCAUAAACUAAGCGUCUAUUUAUUGGGGUCCCCCCCACCCCGUCUUCCUGUUAAGGUCACCUCUGCUUCUUGGAUGAAAUCUCCCAUCAUCCUGAAUACUGAUGCACUACUCCAAUGCCUUAAUGCUUGUCAUUUUAUUUUCUACAGGGUUGGAUUAUUAAUAAUAUGAUGCUAAUUUCAUUAAAGAUUUUAUAUAUAUAUACAAA